CAUCCUCUCUUUACUCGUUUCUCUUCACCCUUUCUUUCUGGGCUUCUCUCUCCGCCGCAAUGAUGGUGGCUUUCCCCUCCAGCCGCAACUCCGGCCCUUCUUGCGAGGACAUUCUCUUUGCGGACGUAUGCACUGUCCUCGAUCGAUUGGCUGAUCCGUUUGCAAAGGCAGCUGAGAAAAUGAAGUUCUUUGCUCGCUACUUGCACCGCUUCUCGCAUCUUCCAAUUUCUUCACUCUACCCUCUCCUUCGUCUCCUCUUACCUCAACUUGAUCGUCGCCGUCCCCCUGCGCAGCUGAAACAGCCUCUUCUCGCGCGUAUAUAUGCCCAAGUGUUUGCACUUCCUCCGGCUGCUGCGGCUCGCCUCAAACUCUACAAAGACCCAGCAGCGGCAACCGCGUCAGCAGGCGGAAGGCCGCUGGCGGCGAGAGCGGGAGACUUUGCGAGUUGCGUCGCUGCGUCUGUCCAGGAGAGAGCUGGCCGAAGGCAGCCAAGUGUCACAGUGAAAGAGCUGAAUCGCGAACUCGACCUCGUUGCGUUGGCAGGGACCUAUUCAGAGAAAUCUGUCAUUUUGCAUGGCCUUCUUCCGCAGCUGACGGUGAAUGAGCACAAGUGGUGCAUGCGCAUUUUGAUGAAGGAAGUGAAGAUGGGCGGGUUGAGUGGAGAGCGCCUCCUCACGCUCUUGCAUACAGAUGCCAGAAAAAUCGUCAACCAGGUCUCGGAUCUGAAAAGCACACUCGAGGUCAUCGACGAAGAGAAAGCUGAGGCGGUGCACGCAAAGCGAGGAGGCUCCGCGGGCGGUGAGGAGGGAGUCGAGAGGGACGGCCCUUUUGGAGAAAAGCGAGACUCUCUGCGUCUGCUCUUUCAACCCCUAAGACCCAUGCUCGCGCGAGUCGUCCGGCCGGUCGCUGCCGACAUCGCCGCGGUUCUCUUCGGCGAGGGCGGGAAAGGCAAACACGGCACGGACAGCUGCCCUCGGCCAGCUCCCACAAACGCUCCUGUCUCUCGCGUCUACUUCGUCGAGAGGAAAUACGAUGGGGAAAGACUCCUCGUGCAUAUCGACAAACACGCUUCCUCGGGUCCUGUCGUUCGUCUCUUGACCCGUCGAGGAUGUGAUUACACACCUCUCUAUGGUGGAGACUUCCAUCAUCGAUCUCCUUCCUUUUCUUCUUCCUCUUCUUCUUCCUCUGCAUCUGCUUUCUCUUCUUCCGCUUCCUCUUCUUCCGCUUCGUCUUCGGGAUUCCGGUGGCCAAAGCGUGAGCGCUUCCCUUCUGAAGACGAGGUACGCGGCGAGACAGGCGACAGAGAAACUAGAGGAGGAAAGCGGACGCGCAAAGAGCCCGAGGGCCUCGCGGGCCUCGCGGCGACCCUCGUGGAGGCUUUGCGAGGUUCGCAGGCGAUUCUGGACGGCGAGUUGCUUGCGUGGGAUGACGAUCUUGAGAGUUUUCUACCCUUCGGCACGAACAAAAGCGUUGCAGCAGCGGAGACGGCGCGCUGUCAUUUGUCUUACGUGAUCUUUGACGUUCUGUACUACCGGAAUUCGGAGGGCGACGAGUACUCGCUUCUGAACAUGAAGCUUCAAGACAGAAAAGUGCUCCUCGAGCGGAUUCUGAGGCUCUCUGGGAACCGGCUGAUGCUCGCGCCGUUUACUCCUGCGUGUCGUCCCAGUGAAAUUGUCUCCGCGCUCAACUCAGCGAUUGAGAACCGACAUGAAGGUCUCGUCGUGAAAGACGCAGCGUCUUUCUAUCGCCUCCACUCCAGGAAAGCAGAAGAGAAAAUGCAAUCACGCCCACGCGGCGGCUGGUUCAAGUUGAAGCCUCACCUAGGCAGUCUGCCAGACACGCUGGACCUCAUCGCCAUCGGCGCUUUCUUCGCUGAGGGACAGAGACGACGGGAAGUGAACUCUUCUCAUCUCAUCGACCACUGUUCCCACUUUCUUCUCGGCGUCUUGGAGGGCGACGGCGGCCCUGAAGCUAAAUGUGUGAAGUCUUUCUGCAAGGUCGGCACUGGCUUUUCGCUCGAAACUCUGCGAGAAAUUCGGGACUAUCUGCGGCUCCACUGUUGUCGCUUCCAAGCGACGCAGCCGCCGCCGUGGUUCGACGCAUCCACAGGCAGUGCCACCUCGCGACUCGAUGUCACGUGGCCGCCGUCGUGCAGUUUUGUGAUGGAAGUGAAAGGCGCAGAACUUUCUCAAGGAAAAGAGUUCGACAUGGGAGCGACUCUUCGCUUUCCUGUCGCUGUUCGGCCGUUCCGCAGAGACAAGGCUUGGCACGAAGCCAUGUCGGAGACGGCGCUGCUUGAGUUUUUUGCUGUCGCAGAAGAGUGUGGCGGGCGCCUGCUGUCUCAGCCGUCCUCGCCCUCAGGGGCCGUUGCUACGGCUCCAGACAGAAGCCUGGCGGGGUCGUCGACAGAGCGACGACACGCGUUAGGAUUGUUUUACCGGCACUCUGGCGAAACUGCAUCUGAGGAAAGCGACUCUGCAGACGAAGGGCUGGGCGCAGGCAGCAACACUGACUUGGCGAAUGUUCCAGCAGCUGCUGGGGAAGGCAAUCAUGGUUGUUCGCCGAAGGAAAGACCUCAGAAGGCGUUGCUUUCUUCGCCAAGUCGGCUCCACGUAAAACCUGCUUCGGGCUUCUCGCGUAUGGCUCUCCUAGCGCCCUUCCGAGCAGCCGACACGUCUGCGAUUCAGCCAUGCUCCUCAGCGUUGAAGGGCACAGAUAUCUGGGUCCUCGCGGGGGACGAAGAGGCUUUUCCUAAGGCCUCUCUGGAGGCGCUCGUAGCUCAUCUAGGCGGAAAAGUGUCUCAGACCCUCUCCCCGUCUGUCACCCACAUCGUCGCAGAUCGUCCCUCAUUUCGAACGCGAACUGUUGCCGCAGCCGUCGCCCAACUCGCCACGCAACAAAGAGACUUUCACUCAACACUCAGUGAAAAACGAAAACGCAGGCUCUCUUCUCUUCGUUCGCUGCCAUCUCGUUCUUCUCCCUUCUCUUCUUCUUCCUCCCCUUCUUGCCCCUCUUCUUCUCGUUUAUCUUCUCUUUCUUCUGCUCCUUCAUCUUCUCAACAUAUUUCUGUACGUGUGCCUCCAGUGCUUCAUUUUCGCUGGCUUCUCGAGUGUGCAGAGCGGGAGGAGGCAGUGCCUCUGCGUCCGUCUCUGGUGAUCCACGGGACGCCUGACACAGAGCGUUUGUUUUCGCGACACUUCGACGUCUUUGGAGACGCGUUCCUCGAAGAUGAAACGCCGACAGAGCGAGGCCUAGGGCGUCUCUCGGCGAUCCUCGCCCAUGCAGUGGAGGUGGCGGAGAGCCAGAAAGAGCGCAGGGCGAGAGAAGGGGUGAGGGCCGACGCGUGUCGCGAACGUGGAGAGGCAACGGUCUGUGAGGAGAGAGAACCCAGGAAGAGUGGCGCCGUGAGGAGGGGUCGGGAGGAGACAGAUGGAAUGCUGGCAAGGGAGGCCGAAGAAGAACACCUUUUCGAUAUUUCCGACACGGAGGCGAACGCUGUGAGGCGAGAGUUAGAAGCGUUCCUCAAAAACAACCCAGACAGUCGGGAAACACCUGCCCGAGCUGGUAAUAGCCUUGAACCCCUCAAAAUGCGACUUUAUGUGGCGCCUGACGAUCUCGCGUGGCGCUCGCUGUCUCUGCAGCAGCUGAAGAAACUCCAGAACGAUGACCUUGAGACAUCGACGUCCAGUGAUUGCACUGCCCCCUCUUCUCCACCUUUGACGGUGAUUCGUUAUUCUCCUUUUCAACAGUCGUCCUGUGCGGUUUCUCCCUCGUGUUAUUCGUCUACACUGUCGUCGUGUGAUAAGUUACUUCACAUCUUAGCAAGUGCUUACAGGGCGUCCCUGGUGGCGCAGUGUUGCCAUCGAGGAGCAAGGCUUGUAAACACCCCGGCAGCAGCCACGCAUGUUCUUCUGCGCUUUUCUGCACCCCUGGAUGUGGAAAGUGGAGCUAUGGAUUCGGAGGGGACACGAGAAGAACCUGAACACGACGAGGGAAAGAAUGGCAAAAAUCAAGAGGAACGUGGAAAAGAGAAGACAGGAACUGAAAAUGAAACCGAUGCAGAGCAAGAUGGAAGAGGGAACAAAUUCAGACGUGACCACCAAGCUUCUCGCGGUCCGCAGCUGAUAACUGCGGACGUGCUGGAACUCAUGUUAAGACAAAAAGGCCCGGGGAAGUGGAAAGAGGAUGAUGCAGACCCUGUUCAAACUAGUGCAUAAGAUUGCGCCGACGAGACACACUCAGAAACUGGGAAAACAAUAUUGUCCUGCAAAUGCGUGUGAAGCAAGUUCAAAAAUAAGUGAGGUUUCUUUGAAAAAUACAAUUCAUUUUGAGUAGCAGGCUUGAAGUCUAAGAAGAGGCGACAGUCCGUGUCACGUGGUGCCAGCUGUAAAGGAGGCUGGUAGAAAGAAACGAAGGUACCCAAUGGAUAGGACAAACGCCAAUGAAAUGCAAACUUCGGUGUCGGAUGACAAUAAUACAAAGACGACAGGCCGGGUAGUGCAACAUGUGUAACAGAGUCUCCGGUGAAACAACAGCGAUGCCGGAUAGGCAGGAAGGCAGAACACCGCGAGAACGAAGUUGUUCUCUGUGGCGAAGAACCAUAAAGCGAAUCAUAGACCAUCAGAAUCUUUUUAGCAAUUCACAUGCCGCUGAAGGAGCCAGCUCUACCUGGGAUCAUACACGUGUGCGCUUCCACCAAUAUUACCCAAGCAUUUGCACUGCUCUGUGUUUUACGACAUUCUUACCGCGGGUAUGAAACCCACGGUAUUUCACUGAACCUCGAACUGGGAACAUGUAAUGUCAAAGGGAGCACCAACAAAGAAGUCUGUGGCUGAAGCAUUCAAGAUCCCCUAAGACGGUAGUGUCAACACUAGCACCUGAGCAGGAGUUGUCGCCUUUCAUUGGAUAAACGGGGAAGUAAAGGAGUCACUAGUCAUGUCUAGAUCGUGUGUCUAGCAAGUUUAAAAGAACUUUGAAUCGCGGACACACCACAAUCGUGGCAAUCAUGCAGCAGAUCAAUCCGUGUCCAACAGUAAAGGGUGAAAGGUGGGAGUAGCAGCGGCGGGGUGUCUGCUAAGAAAGGAGAUUUUUGUAGUCGUCGAUAGGUUUGGAAAGGGGCUUAGAAGAAGUGCGUCGCUAUCCUGAGACCAUUGGUGACUGAAUUUGCACCCCGUAGAAACCGUGUAAUUACUUUUCCCCUUCUACGGUAGUAAGCCCUCACCCGCAAGCAUAACAGUAUUGAAGAGAGCGUGUGCAUGGGGGACUUCGGUGAAGUGACACAAACUAGUCGAGAAGGCUGCCUGAGAUUUACGUGUGCCUGUGGUGAAGAACUUACAGAACCUCAGGUAUGGAGACCUCUGUCGAUGUGUGCACGCCUGCCGUGGACGAAUAUUGUGCCGGCGACAAACGCGCACACUGUUUUCUGUCACUUAUACCUUACCCAAGAAAAGGGUUGGU